GGCUGAUUCCAUGGAGCCCACGGCCACGUUACGCAAGCGCACAGCGACAGUUGGUAUUUAAACAGUGAGGCUGUGAAGCUCCAGCUGGAAACUUCUACCGUGGAAGACCGUUGUUGCGCGACCACAGCAGACAUGUCUUACUCCGGCAGCAUGCGCUUCAGCGAGGCCAGGAGGGUGGCGAUUUUCGGGGGCACUCACGGGAACGAGAUGUCCGGUGUGACAUUGGUGAACCUGUGGAUGAAGAACAGCGCCGAGAUCCAGAGGAAAGGAGUCGAGACCAAACCCUUCAUCACCAACCCGCGAGCUGUGGAGAAAUGUGCCCGAUACGUGGACACGGACCUGAACCGCGCCUUUACCUCAGAGAACCUCAGCGCCUCAGGAGGAGAUGAGCUUCCCUACGAGGUGCAGAGAGCCCAGGAGAUCAACCGCAUAUUUGGACCUAAAGGAAGCCCAGAGGCAUAUGAUGUUAUAUUCGACCUCCACAACACCACAUCCAACAUGGGCUCCACGCUGAUCCUGGAGAGCUCCAAAGACCAUUUCAACCUGCAGAUGAUGAACUACAUCAAGAAAGCCAUCGCUCCAGCCAGCUGCAUUGUUUUGCUCAAUGAGCAUCCUCUUCUGAAAUACUCCACCUCACGCUCCAUAGCAAAGCAUCCUGUUGGGCUGGAAGUGGGACCCCAACCACAGGGUGUACUGCGGAGCAACAUCUUUGAAGCAAUGAGAGCAAUACUGAAACAUGCGCUGGACUUCAUUGAUCUAUUUAAUGCAGGUAUGGAGUUUCCUUCCUGUACAGUCGACGUCUACAGGGUGUUGGAACGAGUCGACUAUCCCAGAGAUGCGAAUGGGAACAUUGUUGCAAUGGUGCACCCCAAUCUGCAGGACUGUGACUGGGAACCACUGAACCCUGGGGACCCAAUGUUCCAAACCUUCGAUGGAAAGACCAUCCACUACCAAGGAUCUGGCACUGUCUAUCCAACUUUUAUCAAUGAGGCAGCCUAUUAUGAAAAACAACAGGCAUUUGUAACCACCAGGCGGGAAACUUUGACCGCCAGUGCCAUCAGGAAAGCAUAGCCACCUGUCUUCUGAGGUCUCUCUGUUAGUUAUAGACGCUUUGUACUGAUCAUGUACAUUGUUCUUUUAGCAAAUGACAGAUGUUUCCUCACAUAGCAAACCCAUGCUCUCCAUUCUGAUUCAGUCUACAUGUAUUUAAUAUUGAUGAAUUAUUACCUAUGCAAAGGACAUGAAGAGGAUUUGCUCAACAGUCACUGUGAAAAUGAUUUGGUACAAUGAAUGGUACAUGGUUGUGGUACAUGUUUAUGACGCUACUGUUAUUUGACAGAUCCUUAAAUGUUUUUUUGUUUGAAUAAUAUUGAGCGUAUGAUGUGACUAUGUCACGUUUUCAAUACCUAUACAACUCUCAAUAGUUUUCCUUUAAUUACUCAGGAAAUAUAUCAAGGACCCACAAGCUUUGACCCCCAAACUGUUAUGUGUCUUGUUUAAAAAUAUAUAUAUGUGUACACUCCUAGGGACAUGUCCGUGGCCUUGUAUUCAACCCGCCUGUAACACCAGUGGUUGCAUCCGUGGUGCUGUCCUAUCGUUGCCUUAAUAUAUAAGUGAAAAUUGCACAAGAAACUUGAAAUAGAAGAUGUAGAUUUUUGUGUGUGAUGACACAAUUUAUUUUGAUAAGUCAGCAUCUGUUCCGUUCCUCCCUAAAAAAAAAAAAGAGAAAAACUUAAGAUGUUUUAUAAUAAUCUAUAUUUUUAUGUGUGUGUUGAUUUUGAUAUACUUGUACUGUGUGUUUGGUUUGAAGUGAUGUGUACUAAGUGUCAAGUCAAAGAAAAGCGUCCGUGCGUACUUUGUGCCACUCUCUUUGUCGUGUCUCCAGGUGCGUCUCUGUGGUCAUCGCUGUCCGUCAUCUAUUUUAUAACGUCCACUUGAUUUUUCCAGGAGAUAUGAUUAGAAAUUCACUGUGUUUGCUGAUAAAUAAAUACUA